AUGAGUAACAGAGCAGCCCAAGCUUGCGACGGAUGCAGGGUGCGAAAGGUGAAAUGCAAUAGCACGCAGCCGUGCUCUCAGUGCUCGCACCUGGGCCUCGGGUGCAUCUACUCGCCGUCGACGAAGCGCAAGCCCAGCGUGCGCAACCGGCUGGUCACGCAGCUCCGCAACAAAGGCCGCCGGGGCCAGCGGUCACACACGCCGCCGCCUCCCGCAUGGGACGCUCGCACCUUCACCACGGGCUUCUUCAUCGGCAUGCUGGCCAAGUAUGAGGAGCAGGUGUAUCCCGGCAGCCCCAUCAUCACCAGCUACGAGGUCCGCCAGUCCAUUGGCAGCAUGCACGUCGACCCCGACGACGCCGCCUUUGUCUAUGCGGUUGGGGCAGUGACGAUCCAUCUGACGACGCCCACGGUGCAGGGCGAGGCCGGAGCCAAGAUGACGGAGCUGAUCCGGCAGAGCCUCAGUGCGUACAGGCGGGCGCAAUCGGUCGUCGACGACGUCCACAACGCCCGGCCGAUGGACGUGCGCACCACGUUCCGCCGCAUCAUGACGUGCGUCUUCCUGGCCGUGUCCGUCAUGGCCUUUGGCCGCCUGGACCGCUGCUUCGCCAUGCUGCGCGAGGCCAUGACGAUGGUGCAGAUGAUCCAGGUCCAGCAGUGCUCGCACAGCGCCGUGCCCCUGGAGCCGCGCGACGUGCCCAAGUUCCACCGCAUCUACUGGCACGUCUUCAUCCUCGAGCGCCUCCUGACGAUCCUCGCCGGCUACCCAAGCAUCAUGGCGCCGCUGCCCACGGGCCUGCCGGCGAGGGACGCGGCCAUCCCCGCCCACAUCGACGCCGGCUUCAGCCGCCUGAUCCGCCUGUUCCAGCUGCUGGACGGGCCUCUGCUGCUGUACUGGAGCGCGCAGCAGAACCCGGCGCAGCCCGUGGCCGGCGUGACGCUGCAGUGGAUCGAGGGCAAGCAGGCCCAGCUGGACCAGGACGAGGCCGGCGCCUCAGAGGCCGAGCAGGGCCUGAUUGACAGCGGCCGCGGCACCUUUACGGAGCUGCAGCACGUCGACCUGCUGGUGACGCGGCUCUGGAUGCGCUCGUUGCUCUGGCAGUACGGCCUGAUGCACCGGCUGUUCCGCUCGGCGCCGCAGCGCGAGGAUCUGGCCAUCCAUCUGCAGGUCUAUCGGCUCUCCGCGCAGCUGCGGAACCUGGUGAGCCAGCUCGAGAGCAUCUCCACCGUCGUUACCCACGGCAUCGGGCUGGUGCACAAGGUCUUUGAAAUCACCAGCACCGUGGCCGACGUGCUGGCGCUGCCGCUCAGCUACGGCCAGACCGAGGACGACGUGAGGCGGCGUAUACACGAUUUCGUGUUCCUGGUGCGUUUCCUGUUUAGUUUCGAGCGAGCGGAGCGGGAGCAGCAAGAUUACCUGCGGGAGAGGCUGGACGGGCUUCAGCAGCAGUAC